AUGGCUUUCACUCCAGAACAUGGUUCAUUAAUUGUUGAUUCACAAUAUGAGAAUGAAGAUCAGCAGUUCUUGGAGGAAAUACAUCUAUCCAGGAAUAAUUCCAAUAAUCUUGAUAUUAGUUCUAUAAACAACGAUCAGGAAAAUGAUGAUGAAUUUUAUCGUCAGGAUCAUCUGCAAUCAACCGACAAAGCAUUUAGGCGCUCUCGAACAGCAAACGCUGAGCUCCUUGAUUACAAUCAGGGUUCAGAAAACCGGCCAACGCAAAUUUUCGGCGAAAAUAAUGCAUUUAAUGAGGAAUCAAGCUAUGUGGAUAAUACGAUCAAUAACCAAUCUGCGAAGUAUUCUUCGGAGUGUGAAAAAAAUACUAAUCGCUCAAGGGAGAUCAUGAAAAGUACUACAAGUAGUCAAGUCCGUUCUGAGCCAUCUGUUGAGCCAAGAUGGACUCACAAGAAUAUCAAGGAGGGAAAUGGCAAUGGUAACACUGUACAAGUUGAUCCUAGUACUUGGACACCACCAUUAUUUCGUAAAAACCGUGAGUUUUUUAGAAGUUUUACUGUGUUACUUCAAAGUCCAGCAUGUAACGUUAAUUGGCUACAUCCAGGCGUUAGAAAUGUCUUACGCGACUUCAAGAACCGAAAAAUCAGCUCGCGUGAAGGUGCUGAGAUGAUCACUAAAAUUACAGGAAGUACAGUAUCGACAACAACAGUAAGGGUAAAAAGCCGAAUACUUGACGAUUUAGAUGCACAUGCAGAAAAAAGCAGUGUUUCGAAGUGCAACGAUGAAAUCGGUAGUUGUGACGGUGCAGAUGUGGGUUCUUCAUUUCGUGAAAAAAAUGAUGAAACAUUGACGAACACAGCAAGCAAAACUUUAGUGCCCUCUGUUGAUGCUCCACUUAGUGUCCCUCCAAAGGCUCCAUAUUAUAUGUCGUUUUCACAACGUUACAAGCAGACUUCGCUAACAGUACCUGUCGGUAACAACGAGGUUCGAUUUUAUAGACACGCAUCGCAUUCGAAAACUGGACAAACUAUACAUUUCAGAUGUUCUCGUUGUGACAGUUUAUAUCGUACCUACAGAAGUGGUGAUAUCGCACGUAUCAAAAUGGUUGAUGGUUUAGUUAUUACUUCCUUAUAUCCACAACAUCAUAGUCUAUGCAAACCAAUAAAGUUAGUGGAAGCGAGAGCCAGAGAAAUUGAAAGGCGUUGUCGAAAGGCCAUUAUUGAGGGCAUGAAUCCAUUGGAGGCUUGGAAAAUGACAUUUUUCUUUUGUCACGAAACUACUUACGUCAUUAACGACUGGAACUUGCUACAUGUUCGAAAAAAAGAUUGGAAGUUGAAAUUAUCUCCAAGUUGUUGGUUAAAGCAGAAAAUGCAAAGUGACUUCUUUUUUACAUUUGGAAAUUUCAAGGGACGGAAAGCAGCCAUUUCCGAAGCGAAAGGAGCUGGUUUUCCUGUGUAUGGUCCUAAUUCGUUACUGUCAGCAUUUCCGGAGUGGGACAAAGUAAAAAUUUCAUAUGGCGUUUUACGGUCGAGGUAUGUAAGGCGACAAAUGCAAAUUAAGCAGCGCAUAGAAACGAAAAAAAAUAUUGAGAAAAAAUUGAAAAUAAUUGACUUUGAUAUGUCACACUCUAUUGAACCAAAAAGACCACGUAUAGAACUAUUCGAAGAUAAUUCGAACGAUAUGACAUAUGAAAGGGGAGUUACUGCGGCAAAACUAGUAUGCUUUUGUAGGCAGGAGAUUAGUGGCUCAGAAAUCUUGAGUGAAAGUGAGGGUAAUUUGGGCUGUGAUUUCGACUUAGAUGAUUUUGAAGAAGAAUCAUUAUGCGAUUUCAUUUAUAAUUUUGGAAGACCUAAACGCUUUACGGAAGCCAAACCUGCAGUUGAUAGGACAGUAGAAGAAUCUUCAACUAAGCCUUCGCAUGAGCCAAGUUCGGGAUCUGCUACUCCAGCAGAAAUAACAGGUAUAGAAAGAGGACCAUAUAAAGAAACUAGUAAAGAACAGCAAGGAAUUUCUAAUUCUAAUUACUCGAAUCUGGAAAAUAAAGUUCAAGAAAAUGAACAGGCAGUUGGAAGUGCAGAUGUUUCAGAUGAGCAAAUUUUCUAUCAGCCGAACCAAGCUUCAAAGUCGACCCAAGUCUGCUUUAGUCCAUUUGGUCUAUUUCCCGAUCCAGUAGAAACGUUACAAGACUUAGAAGAACUAAUAAGAGCAAAAUUGAGGAAAGAUGAAGCAAUGGAUGCUAAACCGGGCCGGGAAUAUAUUACUUUCAUGUCUCCAGCUGGUAUUUUACCGUGUGCUGCGAAAAAUGAACCAUACACCGAGUCUUAUGUGAUAAAAAAAAUGAGGAAAAUAGAGUGCGCUGUCGCUCGAUAUAAUUUGUUAAGUAAUAAUAAACUUGCGGUGAUACAUAUGGAUCAAGAUGGCGAUUUGAAGAUGUAUGGUAGUAAGUAUGUUGUCCAAGCAUGUUUAAACUCGACUGUUGUUCGGGAUUUGAGAAAAAAUUGGAGAAAUCGCGAGACUGUUGAGGAAGAUGGUAUUGAUGACGAUGAGUUGGUAUCAAUUCCGAUAAUUAAGUGUUUGCCGAAAGAAGAAAUUGAUAUGGCCAGUAAUGCUCAUAUCCAUUCCAAAUUAGUCAAAUUUUUGGAUAGAAUGCAUUAUCCUUGGUAUCCGUGGUUUGAAAAAUCAUGCCUUCCCGAUUAUUGGCCACCUUCAGUUCCGUUUUUCGAUCCUGAAAGUGAUUUUUUCGGUUUAAAUUUAUCACCGCAUCAGAAUUUCCUUGAGAAAAGCAGCCUUCGCACAAAAUUUAAUUUGACGAACUUCUAUUCCCUUUCGUUAAAAACUAAAGUGGAAAACACUAAAAAAUCACUUAAAGUGUUUGAAAGAGAUGUUCUAGAGCAUGGAUUCAGACACUAUGAAAGCUUCAUGGAAUACCAUUUUGGACUUCGUGGUCCUAAUUACGAUGAAGAUUCGCGAAAUAUUGACCAUGUACUAAUGGCAGGCAAUGUCCAACAGAAUGUUAUUGUAAAUGGUAAUUCAGCUCAGGCUGAGAUCAAUACUGGAGAUACGGUAGAAACGGAGAGCAUGAAAGUUAGAAAAGAACCCAGUGAAAAACAAAAUUCAGAAUCGUCUGUUAGCUGUGUUUCGGAAGUCUCGAAUAUGCCACCAGAUAGAGAGUAUUCAAAUUUAGACACAGAGAUAUCUGAAACUAAUCUUAUAUCAACGCCCGUACCCAUAUUUUCACUUUCAAAUGAAAAGAUCUUAGAAAACCACUUAGCACUCAAUCGUAAUUCGGUUCUGCGUGUACGUUAUGAUCAGAUGGAGGCAGAUGUUCGCACAGUUUGGGAAUCGAUCAUGAAAAUCCAAAGCCAUUCGACAUGCAGUGCGAUGAUGGUCUUUAUGGAUGAACGGAGCAGAAUAACUUUAUCUGGUGACAAAACUCUGAUCUCAUCAUUUUUGGGUUCAAAUAUAUUUCAGUGUUUGCCUCAGGCUAAAGACUGCGGUUUUGAUAAUCAGGUUAUAAUACUGCCAUUGCUUCAAGUUUUUGAAGACAGCUUUGUUGAUCGGAUGACUGAAGAUCAAGCACUAGAUUUACUGGAGGACUUAAUGUUGCAUGUCAAUUUUCCAUGGAAUGAUCCUUAUGAUGGACUGCAGCCAGAUUGUUGGCCACCUGAAAUUCCUUUUUGUGCACCGUGGUCAAACAACGGAACAGGAAUUUUAAAUCGGCGGAUAGGAGCAAACACUCCUGGUCAAGCUUCUAAAAUUAUUUUGAAGAGUGUUCGUUGGUUCUAUUCAGAGAUGAUGCUCGAAAAAUUGAAAGUAACAGAUGGUUUAGAGAAGAUUACUCCAUGUUUGGCGCUAUUAACACAGAAUCUUUUGGAAGAUAGAGGCAGCGUGUUACAAACUCCAGUUCCUCGUUCAGACUCUGACGAGGCAGUAGCAUUACAUGUCCCUACCAAAGUCUUAGAACGCAGUUCAUCUAUAGGUUCAGGCGCUUCUCAGUUAAGAACUUUGUCUCGCAAUUCUAAUGCAACACAGAAAAUGAUGUAUGAUCAUUUGGCUAUUGCACCACCACCGGAAGAACAGAACAAUUUCUCCUUACAAGAUUUCUCUUGUACCCUAACAACACCGCGCAGUCCAUCUCAACAUUCAAUCACUUCACAAGUUACUGUCCCGUUCAUAUUACCACCCAAUCAUUCAACGGUAGUUCCACAUCUUACAUCUCAGCGGCAUUCGAUUUCAGAAAAGCCAUAUGAAAUUCCAGCUUAUGAGUCUCCAGAAUCUUACAGAAUUGCUGAAAAUGAUAAUGUAUCCACGGUGGCGCCUACAGAGCCUUACAUUAUCCGGGAAAAAGCGCCUUUCCAAAGUACUAUGUCGUCUAUUCCAUCUCAUGCAAGACCUCAUGACUUUAGAGUACCACGGGUUCCACAGCGACAAACAGUAAUGGUCGAAGAUCGUCCGGAAUGGGCUUCAAGUCGUUCUAUAAACUCUAGGUCAAGGUCAUCGAAAAGAAGUCGAGCUGUGGCUCAUGAAUCUGAGCUUCUUGGAUCAGUCCAAACUACAUCUCCGAAUCAGUUUAUAGUAGCAGGGGAACAUUAUCAAGUACCUGUUUACAGUAACUCGGCUGCAGUCAGCUUACAAAGUAACCAACAACAGCAGCAGUAUUCGGUUGUAGCAGACUCUGCUGCUUCAUCGCAGAAUUCCUACGUAGCUUUAGAACCGUUGCAGGAAAGUAGUUUAGAAGAAGGAGAUUCGGUAUAUAAUUCUCCCAUUCCUUGCUCUGAUUGUUCUGAGUAUUCCUCAUUAUCACCCGAAAGAAACGUAGAAGUUUCACUUAUUAAUGUUGACGAUGAUGAUCAGCAAGCUAUAUCACUGUCACAAGAUUUUGUCACGCAAAAUAUGGAGCAACCACGACAAGAACAGUUGGGUUUCUUGAGGGUGUUGUGUGCUUGCAAACCUGGCUUUGUGCUUGACGCAAAUGAUUGCGUGUCUUGUAGUCGCUGCCACAAAAACUUCCAUUCUAAGUGUUUGCAGUUAGAAGUAACCGCCAAUAAUUACUACUGCGCGUCCUGUUUUGAUAAUAAGCCCUCACUAAAAAGAUGGACUUGGUUUUAUGUACCUGUGAAAUAA